AUGGUCAACGCCAAGGUCAUCGUCCUCUCGGCCCUUGCCGGCCUCGUCGCCGCUGGCGAGUACGCUGAGCCGCCUCACCCCACGACGCACCACGAGGUCACCACCACCAAGACGACCGAGUCGCACCACUCCAAGCCCACCACCUGGUCGCACCACGGCAACAACACCGUCGUCACCACCACCAAGGUCGUCAGCCGGUACACCACCUGGUGCCCCGAGCCCACCACCGUCUGCAUCGGCAGCAAGACCUACACCGUCACCAAGCCCACCACCCUGACCGUCACCGACUGCCCCUGCACCAUCACCGAGACUCACAGGCCCACCAAGCCCGUCACCACGCCGGUCAAGCCCGUGGAGCCCACCAAGGAGACGACCCCUCCCCCGCCCGUCAAGCCCACAAGCCCCGUCGUCGUUGCCGGCGCCGAGGGCCGCGCCGCUGCCUACGGCUUCGCCAUGGCCGCCGCUGGCUUCGUCGGUGCCGUGGCUCUGUAA